AUGGCACGAAGAGUGAGGAAUUUGCAACUUCAAAUGAAGCAGGGAUUUGAAGUGCCAAAAGAAGAUGGAAGAGGAAAACGUGGAAACUACCCACAUAAAUUUCAAGACAAAGCAGUGUAUUUGGAUGGUGAUCUCACAGUUGCUUCCUUAUUUCGAGAUAAAUACUCAGAAUACUGCAAGGAAAAGCAGGUUCCUGCAGUGUCUGAAAAGUUAGGAGUGGAGUUUUCUUGCUGCUUCCGCUGUUGCGAGCCAGAGUGCUUCCGCUGUUGCGAGCCAGAGUGCUUCCGCUGUUGCGAGCCAGAGUGCUUCCGCUGUUGCGAGCCAGAGUGCUUCCGCUGUUGCGAGCCAGAGUGCUUCCGCUGUUGCGAGCCAGAGUGCUUCCGCUGUUGCGAGCCAGAGUGCUUCCGCUGUUGCGAGCCAGAGUGCUUCCGCUGUUGCGAGCCAGAGUGCUUCCGCUGUUGCGAGCCAGAGUGCUUCCGCUGUUGCGAGCCAGAGUGCUUCCGCUGUUGCGAGCCAGAGUGCUUCCGCUGUUGCGAGCCAGAGUGCUUCCGCUGUUGCGAGCCAGAGUGCUUCCGCUGUUGCGAGCCAGAGUGCUUCCGCUGUUGCGAGCCAGAGUGCUUCCGCUGUUGCGAGCCAGAGUGCUUCCGCUGUUGCGAGCCAGAGUGCUUCCGCUGUUGGGAGCCAGAGUGCUUCCGCUGUUGGGAGCGAGAGUGCUUCCGCUGUUGGGAGCGAGAGUGCUUCCGCUGUUGGGAGCGAGAGUGCUUCCGCUGUUGGGAGCGAGAGUGCUUCCGCUGUUGGGAGCGAGAGUGCUUCCGCUGUUGGGAGCGAGAGUGCUUCCGCUGUUGGGAGCGAGAGUGCUUCCGCUGUUGGGAGCGAGAGUGCUUCCGCUGUUGGGAGCGAGAGUGCUUCCGCUGUUGGGAGCGAGAGUGCUUCCGCUGUUGGGAGCGAGAGUGCUUCCGCUGUUGGGAGCGAGAGUGCUUCCGCUGUUGGGAGCGAGAGUGCUUCCGCUGUUGGGAGCGAGAGUGCUUCCGCUGUUGGGAGCGAGAGUGCUUCCGCUGUUGGGAGCGAGAGUGCUUCCGCUGUUGGGAGCGAGAGUGCUUCCGCUGUUGGGAGCGAGAGUGCUUCCGCUGUUGGGAGCGAGAGUGCUUCCGCUGUUGGGAGCGAGAGUGCUUCCGCUGUUGGGAGCGAGAGUGCUUCCGCUGUUGGGAGCGAGAGUGCUUCCGCUGUUGGGAGCGAGAGUGCUUCCGCUGUUGGGAGCGAGAGUGCUUCCGCUGUUGGGAGCGAGAGUGCUUCCGCUGUUGGGAGCGAGAGUGCUUCCGCUGUUGGGAGCGAGAGUGCUUCCGCUGUUGGGAGCGAGAGUGCUUCCGCUGUUGGGAGCGAGAGUGCUUCCGCUGUUGGGAGCGAGAGUGCUUCCGCUGUUGGGAGCGAGAGUGCUUCCGCUGUUGGGAGCGAGAGUGCUUCCGCUGUUGGGAGCGAGAGUGCUUCCGCUGUUGGGAGCGAGAGUGCUUCCGCUGUUGGGAGCGAGAGUGCUUCCGCUGUUGGGAGCGAGAGUGCUUCCGCUGUUGGGAGCGAGAGUGCUUCCGCUGUUGGGAGCGAGAGUGCUUCCGCUGUUGGGAGCGAGAGUGCUUCCGCUGUUGGGAGCGAGAGUGCUUCCGCUGUUGGGAGCGAGAGUGCUUCCGCUGUUGGGAGCGAGAGUGCUUCCGCUGUUGGGAGCGAGAGUGCUUCCGCUGUUGGGAGCGAGAGUGCUUCCGCUGUUGGGAGCGAGAGUGCUUCCGCUGUUGGGAGCGAGAGUGCUUCCGCUGUUGGGAGCGAGAGUGCUUCCGCUGUUGGGAGCGAGAGUGCUUCCGCUGUUGGGAGCGAGAGUGCUUCCGCUGUUGGGAGCGAGAGUGCUUCCGCUGUUGGGAGCGAGAGUGCUUCCGCUGUUGGGAGCGAGAGUGCUUCCGCUGUUGGGAGCGAGAGUGCUUCCGCUGUUGGGAGCGAGAGUGCUUCCGCUGUUGGGAGCGAGAGUGCUUCCGCUGUUGGGAGCGAGAGUGCUUCCGCUGUUGGGAGCGAGAGUGCUUCCGCUGUUGGGAGCGAGAGUGCUUCCGCUGUUGGGAGCGAGAGUGCUUCCGCUGUUGGGAGCGAGAGUGCUUCCGCUGUUGGGAGCGAGAGUGCUUCCGCUGUUGGGAGCGAGAGUGCUUCCGCUGUUGGGAGCGAGAGUGCUUCCGCUGUUGGGAGCGAGAGUGCUUCCGCUGUUGGGAGCGAGAGUGCUUCCGCUGUUGGGAGCGAGAGUGCUUCCGCUGUUGGGAGCGAGAGUGCUUCCGCUGUUGGGAGCGAGAGUGCUUCCGCUGUUGGGAGCGAGAGUGCUUCCGCUGUUGGGAGCGAGAGUGCUUCCGCUGUUGGGAGCGAGAGUGCUUCCGCUGUUGGGAGCGAGAGUGCUUCCGCUGUUGGGAGCGAGAGUGCUUCCGCUGUUGGGAGCGAGAGUGCUUCCGCUGUUGGGAGCGAGAGUGCUUCCGCUGUUGGGAGCGAGAGUGCUUCCGCUGUUGGGAGCGAGAGUGCUUCCGCUGUUGGGAGCGAGAGUGCUUCCGCUGUUGGGAGCGAGAGUGCUUCCGCUGUUGGGAGCGAGAGUGCUUCCGCUGUUGGGAGCGAGAGUGCUUCCGCUGUUGGGAGCGAGAGUGCUUCCGCUGUUGGGAGCGAGAGUGCUUCCGCUGUUGGGAGCGAGAGUGCUUCCGCUGUUGGGAGCGAGAGUGCUUCCGCUGUUGGGAGCGAGAGUGCUUCCGCUGUUGGGAGCGAGAGUGCUUCCGCUGUUGGGAGCGAGAGUGCUUCCGCUGUUGGGAGCGAGAGUGCUUCCGCUGUUGGGAGCGAGAGUGCUUCCGCUGUUGGGAGCGAGAGUGCUUCCGCUGUUGGGAGCGAGAGUGCUUCCGCUGUUGGGAGCGAGAGUGCUUCCGCUGUUGGGAGCGAGAGUGCUUCCGCUGUUGGGAGCGAGAGUGCUUCCGCUGUUGGGAGCGAGAGUGCUUCCGCUGUUGGGAGCGAGAGUGCUUCCGCUGUUGGGAGCGAGAGUGCUUCCGCUGUUGGGAGCGAGAGUGCUUCCGCUGUUGGGAGCGAGAGUGCUUCCGCUGUUGGGAGCGAGAGUGCUUCCGCUGUUGGGAGCGAGAGUGCUUCCGCUGUUGGGAGCGAGAGUGCUUCCGCUGUUGGGAGCGAGAGUGCUUCCGCUGUUGGGAGCGAGAGUGCUUCCGCUGUUGGGAGCGAGAGUGCUUCCGCUGUUGGGAGCGAGAGUGCUUCCGCUGUUGGGAGCGAGAGUGCUUCCGCUGUUGGGAGCGAGAGUGCUUCCGCUGUUGGGAGCGAGAGUGCUUCCGCUGUUGGGAGCGAGAGUGCUUCCGCUGUUGGGAGCGAGAGUGCUUCCGCUGUUGGGAGCGAGAGUGCUUCCGCUGUUGGGAGCGAGAGUGCUUCCGCUGUUGGGAGCGAGAGUGCUUCCGCUGUUGGGAGCGAGAGUGCUUCCGCUGUUGGGAGCGAGAGUGCUUCCGCUGUUGGGAGCGAGAGUGCUUCCGCUGUUGGGAGCGAGAGUGCUUCCGCUGUUGGGAGCGAGAGUGCUUCCGCUGUUGGGAGCGAGAGUGCUUCCGCUGUUGGGAGCGAGAGUGCUUCCGCUGUUGGGAGCGAGAGUGCUUCCGCUGUUGGGAGCGAGAGUGCUUCCGCUGUUGGGAGCGAGAGUGCUUCCGCUGUUGGGAGCGAGAGUGCUUCCGCUGUUGGGAGCGAGAGUGCUUCCGCUGUUGGGAGCGAGAGUGCUUCCGCUGUUGGGAGCGAGAGUGCUUCCGCUGUUGGGAGCGAGAGUGCUUCCGCUGUUGGGAGCGAGAGUGCUUCCGCUGUUGGGAGCGAGAGUGCUUCCGCUGUUGGGAGCGAGAGUGCUUCCGCUGUUGGGAGCGAGAGUGCUUCCGCUGUUGGGAGCGAGAGUGCUUCCGCUGUUGGGAGCGAGAGUGCUUCCGCUGUUGGGAGCGAGAGUGCUUCCGCUGUUGGGAGCGAGAGUGCUUCCGCUGUUGGGAGCGAGAGUGCUUCCGCUGUUGGGAGCGAGAGUGCUUCCGCUGUUGGGAGCGAGAGUGCUUCCGCUGUUGGGAGCGAGAGUGCUUCCGCUGUUGGGAGCGAGAGUGCUUCCGCUGUUGGGAGCGAGAGUGCUUCCGCUGUUGGGAGCGAGAGUGCUUCCGCUGUUGGGAGCGAGAGUGCUUCCGCUGUUGGGAGCGAGAGUGCUUCCGCUGUUGGGAGCGAGAGUGCUUCCGCUGUUGGGAGCGAGAGUGCUUCCGCUGUUGGGAGCGAGAGUGCUUCCGCUGUUGGGAGCGAGAGUGCUUCCGCUGUUGGGAGCGAGAGUGCUUCCGCUGUUGGGAGCGAGAGUGCUUCCGCUGUUGGGAGCGAGAGUGCUUCCGCUGUUGGGAGCGAGAGUGCUUCCGCUGUUGGGAGCGAGAGUGCUUCCGCUGUUGGGAGCGAGAGUGCUUCCGCUGUUGGGAGCGAGAGUGCUUCCGCUGUUGGGAGCGAGAGUGCUUCCGCUGUUGGGAGCGAGAGUGCUUCCGCUGUUGGGAGCGAGAGUGCUUCCGCUGUUGGGAGCGAGAGUGCUUCCGCUGUUGGGAGCGAGAGUGCUUCCGCUGUUGGGAGCGAGAGUGCUUCCGCUGUUGGGAGCGAGAGUGCUUCCGCUGUUGGGAGCGAGAGUGCUUCCGCUGUUGGGAGCGAGAGUGCUUCCGCUGUUGGGAGCGAGAGUGCUUCCGCUGUUGGGAGCGAGAGUGCUUCCGCUGUUGGGAGCGAGAGUGCUUCCGCUGUUGGGAGCGAGAGUGCUUCCGCUGUUGGGAGCGAGAGUGCUUCCGCUGUUGGGAGCGAGAGUGCUUCCGCUGUUGGGAGCGAGAGUGCUUCCGCUGUUGGGAGCGAGAGUGCUUCCGCUGUUGGGAGCGAGAGUGCUUCCGCUGUUGGGAGCGAGAGUGCUUCCGCUGUUGGGAGCGAGAGUGCUUCCGCUGUUGGGAGCGAGAGUGCUUCCGCUGUUGGGAGCGAGAGUGCUUCCGCUGUUGGGAGCGAGAGUGCUUCCGCUGUUGGGAGCGAGAGUGCUUCCGCUGUUGGGAGCGAGAGUGCUUCCGCUGUUGGGAGCGAGAGUGCUUCCGCUGUUGGGAGCGAGAGUGCUUCCGCUGUUGGGAGCGAGAGUGCUUCCGCUGUUGGGAGCGAGAGUGCUUCCGCUGUUGGGAGCGAGAGUGCUUCCGCUGUUGGGAGCGAGAGUGCUUCCGCUGUUGGGAGCGAGAGUGCUUCCGCUGUUGGGCGAGGAACGGAUUGUUUUGGCCCAGAGAGUCAGUAGUUGUUCUUCACCAAGUUAAGAGCCAUGAUUGA